GCGGUAGCUGUCGUCUCUAUGGCACGUCUGCGACGUCUAGUCAAGUAUCUAGUGGCAUGCUUGCUCCUAAUCUCAUGCUGUUGCGCGUUGCUUCUGUUCUGGGAAUCAUCAAGGAAAUCGAGCGUUCUACCCGGUAGCAGAGCGACUUCUAGUCGCACUAGUCGAGCACAAAACGCCGAAAUUCGACCACAAACGACACACCGAGCUGUUGGUGCAGGCACUGAGAGGCACGAGGCUGUAGUAGGAGGUGUGCGUGUGCGGGGCAAGGGUGUGGCGGAGGAGGAACGAGCGACCGGUGGAGAGCGGAGAGGGAAAGGUGCAGGUCAUAGGCUUGCUGUUGUCAUUCCGUUCCGUGACCGAGAGGCUCAUUUGAAAGAGUUCGUGAAGCACAUGGUGCCCUUCCUGACCAAUCAGAGCUUGUCAUUUCAAAUAUUAGUUGUUGAGCAAAGUCCAAUCGGCUUCUUCAAUAGAGCCAAACUCAGCAACAUUGGGUUCAAGUUGGCUAAAGAGCGAGGAUUCGAUUACAUCUGCCUUCAUGAUGUUGAUAUGCUACCGUUGAAUAAUCAGAAUCCUUAUGGUUAUCCAGAGAGAAACCCAACACAUCUGGCAACUUGUGUUCAACAGUUCGGUUACAAGCUUCCAUUCUCGUGGUAUUGUGGCGGAGUCAUAUUGUUCACCAUUGAACAGUAUGAAAAGAUGAAUGGGAUGGCGAAUGUCUAUUUCGGCUGGGGAAAGGAAGAUGAUGAUUUGUACAGAAGAAUUUUAAACAGUGGUUUCCAGCUGCACAGGCCGGAACCAAGCUUUGGAGAUAAGUGUUUAGGACGGUAUAGGUCACUAGAGCAUGGAGAGAGAGAUUACAGUUCGAGUUUCAGGAACAACCAGCUGUUAACUCAGAGUCGUAAUAGGCAAACCGCUGACGGUCUGACGAACCUACAGUUUGCGGUCAAGAGCGAGGUGACGAGUGAGUUGUUGACGCGCGUGGUGGUCGACGUGUGUCGAGGUGUGUCAUUCGUGUCACCGGAAGUCGUGCAGUGUAUCACACCGAGACGCAAUUCCUCCCGCUAGUGUGACGGAGUCAACCGCACGUGUUACACAAUAGCAACAAGGAGGCUUCACUGGAAGUGACUCUCAAUCAAAGUAGAGUGUUUUAUCCGUUGUCUUGACUGUAGAGCCCACAGAUUUGGUUAGAACCGUCGAACGGAAAUGGCGUGUGGUCAUGCAGCUGUGGGUUGAACUUGGACCAUCUGGGCUGGUUCCGGUCUAAUUAGAUUAGAAGAGACGACUAGAUGAAAUUUACUCUUGGUUCGAAAUGCGUGAAGUUUGUGAAGCGUAUCACAGAGUGUCUUCCAUGUUUAUUGCUGUCGGUCACGUUGACUGACCGGUUGUCGCACCGCGUUGCUCUCUUUCUAUUGGCGUAAUCGAAUUAAGAUUGAAUAUCCCGGAUAUUGAUAUCGCGUGACCGGAUUAGAUCAUACACUCUCACGGAUGAUCGAGAGGAAACCGUUGCGGUCGAAACAGUUUGAGACGUUGGCGGCGUUUGGCGGGCUUCUGCGAGACACUAUUUGCACCGAACUGGUUAGUUCGUUACGCAAACUUCGCGAGACUAAAACUACCGCUGAAGGUAGUUGAGCGCUUCAGGUUACUGUUUGACGGUGUAUUUCGUCGGUUUCGGUGAGCAGACGGACUUGUCCAGCACUUUCCAUCUUCUCGACAAUUUGUCACGCGGUUAGGAGCCUCUCCAUUCUUACAUUGUGAACAAUUAGCGUGAAACACGACAAGUACGAGCAUC